AUGACGAACGACACACUGCUUGUACAGCUUCGUGCAGAGCUGAUGCAGCGAGACAUAUCCGCAGCACAACAGCCUGACGACGAGGCCCUGCAGAUGAUGCUAGAUGUUGAGCAUGGGGACGUGAAUGCUGCAGCGGAGGCCAUACGUGACGCGCACACAGCUGAAAUGCGUGUCUCUUCGCAGAUGCCGGCGGCAUCAGCGACAACAUCGUUGCAGGAUUCUAUGUUCGCAGCGCGCGCAUCGACAGAGCCCGCCGCUACGUCGCUCACAGCCGCACUACCAGCCUCUACCCCUGCGCGCAUGCAAGAGGGUGCGCCGACAUCGUGGCUUGCUUGGGUUUUACGUCUCGUGUCAUGGCCAGUCUCUUGGAUAGGCGCAACAAUGCUUUGGUGUUUCCGUUUACUUCACCGCCUCAGUGGGCAAAGGCAAGGCACCGAAUCCAAUGGCCUCACUCGGUAUGCACAAGACCCGGACGUCUGUGCACGUGUAUGGAUUGACGAGCUCGAACGCGACACGAAUGGCUCCAUAUCGCGUGAUGCCACAUCUAUGCAGCGUGUCUCGCUUCCACCGUUCAUUGGAUGCAGCUACUCAGAGGCACUGCGCCGAGCAAAACACAAUCUUCAAAUCCUCGUGGUCAUACUAACGAGCCAAGCGCACAGUGACUACCAAAUCUUCCGCCAGCAGGUGCUUACAGACCCUACUCUUGUGCGCACGCUGCAAUCGCCGGACCUGCUCGUGUGGGGCGGCGACAUUCGUGAUCGAGAGGCGUUCCGCGUUGGUACACUACUCGAGGCAAGCACGUAUCCGUUUAUUGCAUUCAUUGCACUGCAACCGCGUCGUUCUCGCUCGCGUGGAACGAUCGUGCCGCACCCAGCAGUGCUAUCCCGGAUCGAGGGAUCACCACACACCGCCCUUUCAGCUUCUGCACUUUCCACACACAUCACGGACGUUUUGCUGCCUCGCACAUACUCUUACCUUACUCAGCUACGACGCGAACGUCGGCACAGGGAUAUGGAGCGAGAUCUCAGGAUGGAACAAGACCGAGCGUAUGAGGAAGCAAGUCAACGUGAUCAAGCCCGGGUACUACGCAGCCGAGCUGAGCACGAGCGUCAGAUGGAGCAGCAACAGUCACAAGCGGCUGCCGAGGCAGAGCGUGCUCAUCAACAUGCGCUUCAUGCACAAUGGCGCUCAUGGGCACGUGCAUCUCUAGUGCCAAAAGAGCCUGACGUGGGUGUAGCACCUGCAAUUCGCAUCUCUGUCAAGCUGCCGGAUGGGCGCAAUCUCCAGCGCCGAUUCCGCUCCUCUGAUACGUUAGAGCAGUUGUAUGCGUAUGUUGAUACCAUUGAUGUCCUUCCUUUGCAACAUUCGCUUCCUAAAAUGGAUACUUCGUACGUUCACACGUACAAGUUCCACCUUGUACAGACAUAUCCUCGCCGUGUGCUGCCACUAGAGCAUCUUUCAAUGCAACUUCAGGACAUUGAGGGACUUGGGCCUAGUGCGAACCUGAUUGUCGAGGCGUCUAUGUCUUUGGUGGACGAAGACGAGGAAGAUGACGAGGAUGAACUAUAA